AUGUCACUAAGAGCGGUGUUGGUGAUAUUAGUGGUGGCCGUUGUUAUGGUAUUAUGUCAUGCAUUACCGAUUGACGAUACUGGGGCUGAUUACGGUAAUCUGGAAAACUUUUUCUAUCUACCGAGGCUUCGUCGCGACCAGCUGGCUUUCUCUGGGCAAAACGCCUACCUCCGUCAACUGUUACAAAACCUCAAACCGAAGUUCAGGAGGAGUGUGUGACCUCUGGUCCCGUCUAUCAUCGCCAACGGUCUCUCACUUCGUGAUCUCUCUCCCGCUCUCGUCGACGUCACGUCGAUGAUAUUCCGUGCGCCUGUUGUGUACUAA